AGCAACUCUUCAUCCAAAGCUUCUUCUGUUAUUCAUCUGCUUACUAAAAUUUCCUCCAUUCUUAGCUUUGUUCAAUCAAAGUUUUUUAAGAUGGCCCAGAGAAAUGUUACUGCUAAUUCUUCUUUUGAAAGGACUAGCUUGCCUUCCCUAGAUCAAAAGUUGGCCAUGGCCAAGCGCUGCUCUCAUGAGGGUGUGAUGGCAGGAGCAAAAGCAGCUGUUGUUGCUACUAUUGCCACUGCCAUACCAACUCUGGCUAGUGUAAGGAUGCUUCCUUGGGCAAGAGCCAAUCUCAAUCACUCUGCUCAAGCUCUCAUAAUUUCCACAGUGGCGGGAGCAGCAUAUUUCAUAGUAGCUGACAAGACUGUCUUGGCAACUGCUAGAAAGAACUCCUUCAACCGACCCUCUAAUGCAUGAAUUCCAAAUGGAUAAUUUGGAUUUUGGAUUCGGCUUCACUACGUUGGGCUAUCUUAGCAUUGACCCAAUCAUCGGACUUAUCAUAUAUGUAAAUGUAAUUAUGUAUCGAUAAUAAAGAAGAGUUUGCAUUUCAAUCGUGAGUCAGAUCA